UAGCGCCAGUAUGGCGCUGAUCCAAACACCCCUGUUUUUUCACCCCUCUCCCAUUGCACUUCCACCGAGCUCUUUGACAUACCUCACCCACCAAUCUCUCUGCGCAGAACCAUGACCGAUCGCUCUACCUCCCGUGGACGAGAGUUCGUCACUUCAUCUGGACGCGGUGGCCUCGGCAACAUGCGCCCACCAUCCAACUCGCGCGACCGCCCCACCACGGGGCCGGACGACUUCUCUGACACACGUGGGCGCGAGCCCCCCGUGUCCAUCUCCGAAAUCCGCUCUACCGGCCGCGGCGGCGCGGGCAACUUCCGUUCCCCGUCGCGCGAGCCCACGGACAACCAGGACGUGCGCGUCCCGGCCGAGCGCGAGCUCAUGCGCGCGCACUCGCAGCUCGAGCAGACCGUCGUGCACUCCACCGGCCGCGGCGGCGCGGGGAACAUGAGCCGCUCGCGCUCGCGGGGGCCCGACUCGACGCUCGCCCCGUCGACGACGCACACCGUGGCGCUCCCCCCCGUCGUGCACUCGAGCGGCCGCGGCGGCGCGGGCAAUAUCACGCCCGGGCCUGCGCCGGCGUUUGAGCGCGGGCGGACACCUGGUGCCGCCGAGGGAAUACACUCGACAGGCCGCGGCGGCCUAGCGAACCUCACGGCGUCCCCCAGCCCCGCGCCCGACACCAUCGUCCACCACCCCGGCGUCUACGAGAGCUCGGGCCGAGGCGGUGCGGGCAACAUCCGCGACCGCAGCUCGAGCGCCAGUCGGGAACGCAGUGCCAGCAAGGAUCGGGUCGCUGCUGCUGCUGAGAAGGGCGGCAUCGCUGGCCUGUGGGGUCGGAAGCAUCAUCAUGGUCCCCCUGAGACUAUCCGAGAAGACGGCCAGCCAGGGCCGGCUGGGCUCCUGGGGGGCGAUGCCUCUGGGGCUGGCGGUGUCGCUGGUGGAGGACGGCUCCCUCUCUGAGUGUGAACGAAGCGGUGUGCGGAUGCUAAUCUAGUGAUUCCACAAAUAUGUAAUACCAGAUCUUGGCCUGUCUCUAACCCUCCUGUUGUGUGCCUGUAGCGCCGUCUUUAUGCAUAAUAUGUGUGUAUGUGGA